CCCGGCGACCGACAUUGAAUUUCGCAUAUGUAAAUCUUUCUCCGUGUUCAAAGCGUUGUUUCAUCGGCACGUCCUUUGUCCUUCAUUGAUACCUACCUGGUAACUCCUUUGUCGACCGUCACCGCCAAAUUUCCAUGUAUUAGCACUUUCAUGCCAGUCAAGAAGUCCAUUUUUUUCGGCGCCGAAACUUAUCCCUUGAAAAGCAUUGUUUUCUUUGAUAUUGCCGAUAGGUCUGGACAGGGUUUUGUUAUGCUAUAAGGUUUUGUUAUGUUCCUCCGCCGACUUUGACGUGUUUUCUUUUAGCGCCAUAACUCAAUACGUUCGCACCUUGUCAUUGUAUCCAACGUCACGUAACCUGUCUCCUGAUGCAUGCCAAUCUCCCCCAUCCUCCGAAUUUUUAGGUCUCCCGUCGUUGUAUUGCCCAACUAUGCACAUGUUUGUUCUCGGUAAUGCUGAUUGCAACGCUGCGGUUUUGACAUGUUUGGAUGUGGGGAUGGCAAAAUGUUCUUGUCGUUGAUUAAACCAUUUCCUUGAUUUGUGGACAAUUCGUUCGAUAAGUGUUGGUUUUAGUCUGGAAGUUCUGUUUUGAUUAGUGUAUUUUCGCUUGUAUACUUUGCUAGGAUUAUUUGUGGUUGUGAAAAGGUCAGGUGUAGAACUUUUUCUUGUCCUGUUUAAACUUGUCGUGUUCCGUUUACUUGGUGCUAGAUUUUGCUGUCGAUUUUGGAGAUUUCAUAACGGAUACGGAUGGUUUAAUUUACAUAAAUUGUUUUGUGAUUAUACAUGGCGUGUACCUUGAUUGUUUUUCUGGGAAGUUGCAUAAUUGAUUGGGUCUCUUGCUGUAGUCAGGGUUAAGAUUUUUUGUUGUUGGCCAGUGAUCAUCUGCUAUUGGGUACAUUUUUGUUAGGUUGCCCUGAUUUCUCGUGUUGUAAGUUUUUUGGAAUUAUUCCACAGGGCAAUGCACGUAAAGGGUUCUGUUUGGUUGCUUGCCUGAUGAGAAAUUGUUUUUCGAAAUCGUUAAACUUUGUUUUUGUGCGUAAAAACAUACACCGUAUCUGAAUCAUUGUUGUCCAGGCCAGGGUCUGUAUGGUUUCAGCUGUAAAGAUCAUUCGUCGUUUGUUUGUUCUGUGUGGCCAUUCCUCCUACAAUUUGAAGUGAUUUUCAGUCUUGUUUCUAAGGAACCAGUGAUUGUGACUGUGGCACAGUUGCCGGGUGUCGUGUAGCGUUUGAAAGCAAGCUAACGUCGGGCGAUCCACUCACGUCUUCUCCUCUUCUUUGAUAAGUUCGGCGUGGUAUAGUUUGUAACUUGGUAUUUUGGUAAUUUUGGUAUUUAGGGUUUGGUAAUUUGGACAUGGGAGGACAGUUUUUUGUUUGGGGUGACCAAGCCUACCCGGAUCAGGGCAUGACAGGGUCUGCGCCUGUGGCCGGAGUAGGGGCACCAACUUGGAAGUCCGUCCCAUUUAGGUUAUUUAGGUACACGCGAGCCGAGGAGGAGAGACUGAAAUGUGUUUGGGUGGAGGCGUUUUGGCGAGUAGCGACAGCAUUGCAGCGCACACUCCAGGAGCAAUUUGUGUUACAAUGUCGUCAGUCUGUCCCUGUUGUGAAGUCCGUCCGUUCGAGAAGGCCGUCGCCGUCAACACGUCCAUGUUUUGUCUGUCACCAGCUAGGCCACUGGAAGUUACAAUGUCCUCUUAGGUAUAGAAAUAGAUCCAGCAAGCAAGGUCACCGGACUCGUUACCAUGACAACAGCGAUUCCCUCCCCAGGCAACAGGACCACGCUCAGCGACUUGCUGACGAUGCUGACAACAUCCCAGGACCUGUAAUCCCCCAAGGACACUGUUCCGCGGGGCCCCCUCCCUCUUCUGUUACAGGUUCACACUUGCCGCCGUCAGUUCCUGGGCGCCACCGGUCACCUGACACUGCGCAGGCGGCACCCAUCCAGUUGCCUGGCCCCGACCCAGCACGUACCCAGGCACCUGUUCCAGAUCCGACACCGGCUCCAGAUCCGACACCUGUUCCAACCCCGACACCUGUUCCUGCUCCGACACCUGUUCCAACUCCGACACCUGUUCCUGCUCCGACACCUGUUCCAACCCCGACACCUGUUCCUGCUCCGACACCUGCUCCGACCGACAUGACAGCGACAACAUCAUCACCCGUCCUUCCGUCCCCGUUACCGCAACGUAUCAACCGGCGUCGUCGUAGACAACCGCGAGACAUGAACAAUUUUAUAUGCUUCCCGGACGCUUAUACCUCCAGUGACAGCAACAGUGAUACAAACCAUGUCCACCCCAACGUAUGCCAGGUCACAAAAAGUCUAGAUGUGGGGCUGACUAGACAGUGUCAUCGUUUGGAUAGGUCGUGUCCCGGGGGGAGAACGGUUCAAUAUAGGUCCCCCUACCCGUCCCUUGGAGCCCUCGGGUUACUACUACCCAUCCCUUGGAGCCCUCGGCUUACUACUUCUGCCAAACAGUUGGAGUCCGGUGAUCCAUUUAAUGACAGCUGUAGUCCGGGCCGUCACCAGCCCACCGAAACCUUCUUGAAAAAAUUCAUGUCAAUUUAGGAGUGGAAAAUUCUUCGUUCCGUUUGAAGUCCCUCGUGUACUCUCGUGGUUUGGGCACCCCCCCUCCCCAGGUUCUAUGUCCCCCACAGGAACGGGAUUUGACCCUCUGCCUGUUCCGUCUCCUCUCUCCAUGUCGUGACUCGCCUCACACAUAGACGGGCAUGGUCAAUUCCCCUGAUGAUUGGUUCCGUAGUGACAUGACCGUAGCGGGGUGUCCUUCCUACAACCACUUCCGACCGGGCUUCCGUACUCAGGUACCUACGGUUUGGCAAGCUUUUUCCUCCUCCUUCGUUUUGGCUACUGAUUGUGUAAAUGCCGGCAAAAAAUUCAGCCUUCCUUGCAUCAUUAAGUGGUCUACUAAAAAAGAGAUUCCACGAAGGCAGUUGUCGUAAUCAUUAGCAGGGCACAUUGCUAGGGAUUAAGGUAGUGGGACCGCCUCGUUCUCUCCUCCGUUGGGACCCGUUUUCCCUUCCGAACGCGUUGGCACUCACUAGUCCCCUCCUCGUCUAACAACCAAGGACCCGCCAAAAAUGUAGUGGGUCCCGAGCAAAAACGCUCCCGAAACGGUUCGACCGGGUUCGACAUGGUUUAUCCUGUCUGUGUGUAUUACUCGGGUACAGAGUCUUGUCUACGUUGAUGUGUGUACAAAAUGCUUUGGAUGAUAUGAUUACUAAUGUUCGGAACUUUGAUGAUGUUACUGUUCAGGAAAGUACUUUGGUAUUAUGGUGCUCCGUUAUUCUGAUACUUCGAUGACCUUAUUGUUUGGGAAAUUGUUUUGGUAUUGUUUGGUAUUUGUUUGGUAUCGAGAUUUUGGAUUUUGUUGUCAUGCCUUCUGUUGCUUUCUAUAUGUAAUGUUGUUUCGAAUUCAUUCUGUAUGGUGCCAUGAUGUAUUUUAUGUGAU